AGAGAGAGAGAGAGAGAAAGAAAUGAGAGAGGUUUGAGAGCUCAAUGGGCAAACACAGUGUCCUGAUGUGCUGGUGCAGGCUGUUUCGCUGCCGAGUUGUUGUAAUACCGCAGGAUUCUUUGAAGUUUUGGGUAGAAGUAGCCGCUGCUGUUUGUGUACCUUUAAGCCGCAACAGGUUCUACUUGUCUACAUUUACCAUCUCGUAAGUUUGCCCCAUUGCUGAAUGUCUCAGAGGACAAGCAGUUUGUGGAGGAAAGCCAAGAUUCUUGUAACUCUUCUCCUGGCCACAUCCUGUUCAAACACAUCCCUCUUCUCACAUACCCUCCUCUGUCUGUCCUCCCUGCCAGCUCUUUUUCCUCCUUGCUCAAAGGACACAUUUCAGUCCUACACACACCUGCCCCUAUUCUGCCACUCCCCUCUCUUCUUUCAGCUCUGCUGUCCUGUUUCCCAGCUUCUUUACCUCUGUAAGAAGAAUAAUCCUGUUUUUUGCCACAUUUUUCGUGCACCCUUACUGCACCAUUUCCUUGCUCCCCUAACCCCCCUGUUCGCCUAAUGGGCACCAUAUCAGAUAGCGGCACCGCAUUCCCUUCAUCGUCACUGAGAGCCUCUCUCCACCCCUAACUGCCUCGCCAACACCAACAGCAACACGACUCAAUGGAGACAAAAGAUAUGAUGAUGACGAGCAUGUUGACAAUGGACAAAGGGGAGAAUGAGGGAGAGAGGGACAAAAUGAGAGACGAGCUUGGGGCAGAAGACGAGGGGACACAGCAGGAAAAUGGUAGACUGAUGCUGGCUGAUGGUCUUUCAGAGAAAGGACCCAAGACCCUGACUUCUAGCUCUGGACAGCAGGUGUCCAAUGGUUUCACCACGUCCACUCCUCAAAGCCCCAGGGAGGGACCAGGGACCGCAGCUACAUCUGGAGGUACCGCUGCUGUGCCUGGAGGAGGCAUCGGGUCCUCAGUGCCGCUGGGAGGCCUCAGGACUCUGGUGGUCCAACAAACCAGUUUGGAAAGGCCCAGAGAAACCUGGAGUAAGAAGAUGGAUUUCUUGCUCUCUGUGAUUGGCUACGCUGUGGACCUGGGAAAUGUCUGGCGCUUCCCUUACAUCUGCUACCAAAAUGGAGGAGGUGCCUUUUUGCUACCCUACCUGCUGAUGGCAGUAUUUGGAGGUGUCCCUCUCUUCUACAUGGAGCUGGCUCUCGGCCAGUUCCACCGCAGUGGCUGCAUCUCAAUCUGGAAACACAUCUGCCCCAUCUUCAAAGGGAUCGGCUUUGCCAUAUGCAUCAUCGCCCUCUACAUAGCCUUCUACUACAACACCAUCAUGGCCUGGGCCUUGUACUACCUGCUGUCAUCAUUUCAACCCACCCUGCCCUGGACCACCUGUACCAACAGCUGGAACACUGCCACCUGUAAUCGUUACAUGUCCACCGACCACAAUGUAUCGUGGUCCAACUCCUCCACCUCCCCUGCCGAGGAGUUCUAUACUCGCCAGGUGUUGCAGGUCCACCUCUCCCCAGGUCUGCACCAGCUGGGUUCUGUCAGUUGGCAGCUGGCCCUCUGCCUGCUCUUCAUCUUCACCAUCGUCUACUUCAGCAUCUGGAAGGGAGUCAAGACGUCUGGAAAGGUAGUGUGGGUGACCGCUACAUUUCCCUACCUAGUCCUCCUGGUGUUGCUCAUCCGUGGGGCCACACUGCCAGGGGCCUGGAGGGGCGUGGUCUUCUAUCUCAAACCUAAUUGGGAGAAACUGCUUAGCACUACAGUGUGGAUUGAUGCAGCAGCUCAGAUCUUCUUCUCACUGGGCCCGGGCUUUGGUGUGCUCCUUGCCUUUGCCAGCUACAACCCAUUUCACAACAACUGCUACAAAGAUGCUCUGGUUACCAGCUCUGUGAACUGUCUCACUAGUUUCUUGUCUGGCUUUGUCAUCUUUACCGUGCUGGGCUACAUGGCUGAGAUGAGGCACCAGGAUGUGUCUGCUGUGGCCAAGGAUGCUGGCCCCAGUCUGCUAUUCAUCAUUUAUGCAGAAGCCAUAGCAAAUAUGCCUGCCGCUACUUUCUUUUCCAUCAUCUUCUUCCUCAUGAUCAUUAUGUUGGGUCUGGACAGCACGUUUGCAGGGUUGGAGGGUGUGAUCACAGCCAUGCUAGAUGAGUUCCCUCAUAUCCUGGUUAAGAGACGAGAGCGGUUUGUCUUUGGCCUAGUGUGCGUUUGCUACCUUGGUGCCCUCUCCACACUCACAUAUGGAGGAGCGUUUGUGGUGAAGCUGUUUGAGGAGUAUGCCACAGGCCCUGCAGUCAUCACUGUGGUCCUGCUUGAAGUCAUCGCCGUUUCCUGGUUCUACGGUACCAACCGGUUCUGUAAUGACGUCCAGGUCAUGCUUGGUUUCUACCCAGGCAGUUUCUGGAGGGUCUGCUGGGUGGCCAUCUGCCCCUGCUUUUUGCUGUUCAUCAUUAUCAGCUUCCUGGCCUUCCCUCCAGAGGUCAGGUUGUUCAACUACCAGUACCCACCAUGGACCACUGUCCUGGGUUACUGCAUCGGGGUGUCCUCAUUCAUCUGUGUGCCUGCUUAUAUGGUCUACCACUUGCUCAAUGCCAAGGGCACAUUCAAACAGCGUCUGUUAAAGAGCAUCACUCCAGAGCCCAGCAGUGACCAACACAGAGACUUCAUUGUCACCAACGCAAUCUGACCAAACCCUGACCAAAAGAUGGUGCCACUCUAGCUGCAUAGAGGGCCCUCUUCUGGGUAAACUGCAAAACUACAGGACAAGGGGGCUACCUUUCACCAUCUUUGCCUCUUUAUGUGACAUCUCCCACACUUGUUUAUACCUGUCUCACUCCAAGAUGUAGAGAUAGAGGUGGAUUUAGGUGGAACCAGGCUGCAGUGUUUUGUCUUGCUUGGUUUAGUUCAGUUCCUUACGCUAGUUUGGUUUUGAAAGAGGUUUCUGUUACUUGGAAAUGCAAAGGCAUAAUUUUCCAUUCACUCAAGUGUCAAAUCAUUUAUUGACAGCCUUCCUUCAGGUCAUUGAGUUGUGACACAUAUUUUCUACAGUUGCAUAAAAUAUGAUACACUCUGUUCAUAUAGACAAGAUAUUGGAGAUACAGCACAGGAUGAAAAUCUGUUGGCAAAGGCCAGAUUGUUACAUUUCAAUCCCCACUCACUGUUUAGAGUUGUAUUUUCAUAUUAUGCUGUUAAGUUAUGCAUUCUUAUAUGUAGCAAAAUUCAGGUAUCUUUUUACAUCUGUUACUGAAGCCAAAUAUAUGAUAUCUGUUCUGUUUGUACUUCUAAAGAUUAUUUAAUAUUGUAGUCACUGUUACAUUGUGUUGACUGUUAGCCUGUCUUUAUUUGGUGACAUCUUAGAUGAACGGAACAUUUACAAUGAGUUCCUUACACUGUGAAGUGCUGUCUGGAAGUGACAUGAAUGUGUGUGUGUGUGUGUGUGUGUGUGUGCAUGUGUGAGAUAGAAGGUCUGUUAUAUUAUCCAGAAAAAAUGGAUCACAGACAGAACCAACAGAGUAUGUUCAUCCUAUAACUGCAAUAUGAGAUGUGUAUUUUUUUUUUUUUUUUUUUUUUUUUUACAAUUACUGUUUAUAGUUGCUCUUAUUUUGACUUCCCGCACUUCAGUAGGACAAACCAUUACAUGACAUAGUGCUGAUGAUCCUUUGAUGGUUUUAAGCACAGUGACAUUCUUUUGUCAUACUGCAUAAAUGUCAGUGACAAAAACCAAAUAUGGAUCAGAGCUAAUAAUGUUAUCAGUAGCAAAGUCUGAAAAUCAGUGUUACUGCUCUUUACUUUCUACCAAAAAAUUUGUGUGUGUGUGUAUUUGUGAGAGCGUAUGUAUCAGUGUGUGUGUGUAGGAGCAGGAAUUAAAAUAUGGCGAGUACUGUACAUCAUGUGUAUUUACUAGUCAGUCUGGUAUUGGUGUAAUCUAUCCUGUGAAUACCUGUCUCCUCUCUCAUGGAUGUGUGAAUGUAUGUGUGUUUUCGUUCUUGUAUGGUGUGUGUGUGUGUGUGUGUGUGUGUGUGUGUGUAUGUGUAUGCAUGCGUGUGUGUGUGUAUCUGUAGUGUGAUCUACCGUUGUCUUGUCAACUGCCAAAAUAUAUUAUGAAGGAUGUAAACCCCUCUUGCCUCUCUCUCUCGUACCUCUUACACUUAUGCUAGAUCUAUGUAUGUCAUUAAAAAACUGUACUGAGAAAUACACCUGUAUAGAAUAAAGACAAAGAAAUAUAUGGGAAAUAACAGAUAAUAAAGUUAUAUGGAAAGAAA